AUGGUUGCUUGCUAUCCUGGAAAUGGAACUGGGUAUGUUCGUCAUGUGGACAAUCCAAAUGGUGACGGGCGCUGCAUCACCUGUAUUUAUUACCUGAAUAAGAACUGGGACUCCAAGCUGCAUGGUGGAAUUCUUCGGAUAUUCCCAGAAGGAAAGUCCUACGUAGCAGAUGUUGAGCCAAUUUUUGACCGAUUACUUUUUUUUUGGUCAGAUCGAAGGAAUCCACAUGAAGUCCAGCCUUCUUAUGCAACCAGAUAUGCCAUGACUGUGUGGUAUUUUGAUGCUGAAGAAAGAGCAGAAGCCAAAAAAAAGUUCAGGAACUUAACUGAUGCAAGGAAGAGAGAAGCACCUCUUAAUGAAGACUAAUCAACUGUUCCUGAAUUCUUUGUGAGGAAUUAAGAUCCCAAAGAUGACUUCCAUUUCCAGCGAACAAGGGCAAAUUCUUGUUAUGCACAAGAACGCACUGGUUGUGUCUAGCAUGUGUGUCUUACUUUGAUGGUACUUAAGGCAGUCUCUUGUCAUGCCUGCAUCUGGCAGAAGGAACACUUGUUUUCUAUUUGCCUUUUGCUGGAAAAAGUAACCAGGGUUAAAAAAAAAAGAGUAUCACUAAGCCUAGUGGUAGUGGCUCAGCCAACUGGUUUUUGAUCGCUCUUGUAACCAAGAUAACGAUCAUUGGAAGUAGUGGUAAAAAGCUGAGUCUUACUUGCACUUUAGGGGGGGGAUCUAGCUCAAUGGGAAGGAGCGUUACAAGUUUAAAAUCUGUGGCAGACUGCUAAUGGGCAAGGAGAGAUACUGGGAAUGUGAAAUUAAACUGGAUUUUUGUAGAGUGUCAUCUUAUGGUCUGUCCCACGUGGACCUGUCAAUGUUCUGUUCAUCACUUUGCUGCGCAGAACGUUGGCUCAGCUCUUCGAUAGCACGACUUUCCAAACAGAUUUUUGUCUACACAGUCAUCGCAUUUCCUGGAUUUUGUUUGCAUUUAAGAAUCACAUUCUAGCUGUGCAGUUGUGUUGUCCUUUCUGUCCCAGGACUGAGGGGGAAGUAGUUACGCAUCUGUCCACAACUUUGUAAAACCACUUCCUUUCUGUUCUGAGCAGGGUGAGUUGUACGGUUUCUAUUUUCACGGUUUGGUAAAGCAGCUGUUUUCUCCCAAAAGUUUGGUAAACUUGGAAGGGUUAUGGCACACAAUGCAUUGGCACUAAAGGCCAAUGAUACGUAGAGUUAAGUGUUAUUUUCGUGACUUCAUCUACUAUGUUUAGUAUGACACAGAUAUGAAUCUGAAAGGAAAAGAUAUGUCUGGCAGUCUGACAAAUAUAUGAUAAAUAACGGGUAACUUAGACUUGAUUUCUAUGCUGCUUAUCCUUAGUUAACACACUUGUUUAACUUUGCAUGCAUAGGUAAUUUGAAUGAAACAGCGAUUCUGUUUCAGUUGAUCUGUUACGCCAGGUAACUACUUCUGCUGUGCUCAAGCUGUGAGAUCAGAGUUAUUCAAAUGGCAAAGCACAUAUUUUUUUUUCUCCAUUAUUUUUUUUAAACUUAUUAGACUCAAUAAGUAACUGGUGAGCUAUGUCCAAUCUGCCUAAGCUUCUACAACCAGCACUUACUAUGCAGUUCAGAAUAGCUCUUAAGGAAGCUGAGAGCUGGCAGUGGAUGUAUUUCACUCACACUAAUUGUUCUCAACCUAAUACUCGCAUUCAUUUUCGUCUCAUGUUGUCAGUGUGUAUGUCAGACCCUGCUAAAUGUUCCAAAUAGAUGCCCUCUUCAGUGUCCUGUAUUUUCCCAUGCCACUUGCCCACAGUGUUGAAGGUGGUCUGCCUGAACCACUGCCUCCUGCACCAGUUCACCACACUGUGCCGGGCUGUCGUGCUAGUGAUGGGUCUGUGGGCCAGCUCUGUCGCACUUGAGCUAGGGAAUGAAAAGGUAGUGUGCAAUGGCAACGAUUAAAUGUCAGUGACAGAAUGGUAACAGCUGCAUAGGACAGAAAAGAAGUAACUUUCGUGACAUAAAAAGUAGUAAUAGAAAUUUUU